AUGUGUGACCCAGAGAGAGUCCUCUUCAGACCCAGAGAGAGUCCUCUUCAGACCCAGAGAGAGUCCUCUUCAGACCCAGAGAGAGUCCUCUUCAGACCCAGAGAGAGUCCUCUUCAGACCCAGAGAGAGUCCUCUUCAGACCCAGAGAGAGAGUCCUCUUCAGACCCAGAGAGAGUCCUCUUCAGACCCAGAGAGUCCUCUUCAGACCCAGAGAGAGAGUCCUCUUCAGACCCAGAGAGAGUCCUCUUCAGACCCAGAGAGAGUCCUCUUCAGACCCAGAGAGAGAGUCCUCUUCAGACCAGAGAGAGAGUCCUCUUCAGACCCAGAGAGAGUCCUCUUCAGACCCAGAGAGAGAGUCCUCUUCAGACCCAGAGAGAGUCCUCUUCAGACCAGAGAGAGUCCUCUUCAGACCCAGAGAGAGUCCUCUUCAGACCCAGAGAGAGUCCUCUUCAGACCCAGAGAGAGUCCUCUUCAGACCCAGAGAGAGAGUCCUCUUCAGACCCAGAGAGAGAGUCCUCUUCAGACCCAGAGAGAGUCCUCUUCAGACCCAGAGAGAGAGUCCUCUUCAGACCCAGAGAGAGUCCUCUUCAGACCCAGAGAGAGUCCUCUUCAGACCCAGAGAGAGAGUCCUCUUCAGACCCAGAGAGAGAGUCCUCUUCAGACCCAGAGAGAGUCCUCUUCAGACCCAGAGAGAGUCCUCUUCAGACCCAGAGAGAGUCCUCUUCAGACCCAGAGAGAGUCCUCUUCAGACCCAGAGAGAGAGUCCUCUUCAGACCCAGAGAGAGUCCUCUUCAGACCCAGAGAGAGUCCUCUUCAGACCCAGAGAGAGAGUCCUCUUCAGACCCAGAGAGAGAGUCCUCUUCAGACCCAGAGAGAGAGUCCUCUUCAGACCCAGAGAGAGAGUCCUCUUCAGACCCAGAGAGAGAGUCCUCUUCAGACCCAGAGAGAGUCCUCUUCAGACCCAGAGAGAGUCCUCUUCAGACCCAGAGAGAGUCCUCUUCAGACCCAGAGAGAGAGUCCUCUUCAGACCCAGAGAGAGUCCAGAGAGAGUCUUCAGACCCAGAGAGAGUCCUCUUCAGACCCAGAGAGAGUCCUCUUCAGACCCAGAGAGAGUCCUCUUCAGACCCAGAGAGAGUCCUCUUCAGACCCAGAGAGAGUCCUCUUCAGACCCAGAGAGAGUCCUCUUCAGACCCAGAGAGAGUCCUCUUCAGACCCAGAGAGAGUCCUCUUCAGACCCAGAGAGAGUCCUCUUCAGACCCAGAGAGAGUCCUCUUCAGACCCAGAGAGAGUCCUCUUCAGACCCAGAGAGAGUCCUCUUCAGACCCAGAGAGAGUCCUCUUCAGACCCAGAGAGAGUCCUCUUCAGACCCAGAGAGAGUCCUCUUCAGACCCAGAGAGAGUCCUCUUCAGACCCAGAGAGAGUCCUCUUCAGACCCAGAGAGAGUCCUCUUCAGACCCAGAGAGAGUCCUCUUCAGACCCAGAGAGAGUCCUCUUCAGACCCAGAGAGAGUCCUCUUCAGACCAGAGAGUCUUCUUCAGACCCAGAGUGAGUCCUCUUCAGACCCAGAGAGAGUCUUCUUCAGACCCGAGAGAGUCUUCUUCAGACCCAGAGAGAGUCUUCUUCAGACCCAGAGAGAGUCUUCUUCAGACCCAGAGAGAGUCUUCUUCAGACCCAGAGAGAGUCUUCUUCAGACCCAGAGAGAGUCCUCUUCAGACCCAGAGAGAGUCCUCUUCAGACCCAGAGAGAGUCCUCUUCAGACCCAGAGAGAGUCUUCUUCAGACCCAGAGAGAGUCCUCUUCAGACCCAGAGAGAGUCCUCUUCAGACCCAGAGAGAGUCCUCUUCAGACCCAGAGAGAGUCCUCUUCAGACCCAGAGAGAGUCCUCUUCAGACCCAGAGAGAGUCCUCUUCAGACCCAGAGAGAGUCCUCUUCAGAGUCCCAGAGAGAGUCCUCUUCAGACCCAGAGAGAGUCUCUCAGACCCGAGGAGUCUUCAGACCCAGAGAGAGUCCUCUUCAGACCCAGAGAGAGUCCUCUUCAGACCCAGAGAGAGUCCUCUUCAGACCCAGAGAGAGUCCUCUUCAGACCCAGAGAGAGUCCUCUUCAGACCCAGAGAGAGUCCUCUUCAGACCCAGAGAGAGUCCUCUUCAGACCCAGGAGAGAGCCGGGACUCUUCAGACCAGAGAGUCCUCUUCAGACCCAGAGAGAGUCCUCUUCAGACCCAGAGAGAGUCCUCUUCAGACCCAGAGAGAGUCCUUCUUCAGACCCAGAGAGAGUCCUCUUCAGACCCAGAGAGAGUCCUCUUCAGACCCAGAGAGAGUCCUCUUCAGACCCAGAGAGAGUCCUCUUCAGACCCAGAGAGAGUCCUCUUCAGACCCAGAGAGAGUCCUCUUCAGACCCAGAGAGAGUCCUCUUCAGACCCAGAGAGAGUCCUCUUCAGACCCAGAGAGAGUCCUCUUCAGACCCAGAGAGAGUCCUCUUCAGACCCAGAGAGAGUCCUCUUCAGACCCAGAGAGAGUCCUCUUCAGACCCAGAGAGAGUCCUCUUCAGACCCAGAGAGUCCUUUCAGACCAGAGAGAGUCCUCUUCAGACCCAGAGACCAGGAGAGUCCUCUUCAGACCCAGAGAGAGUCCUCUUCAGACCCAGAGAGAGUCCUCUUCAGACCCAGAGAGAGUCCUCUUCAGACCCAGAGAGAGUCCUCUUCAGACCCAGAGAGAGUCCUCUUCAGACCCAGAGAGAGUCCUCUUCAGACCCAGAGAGAGUCCUCUUCAGACCCAGAGAGAGUCUCUUCAGACCAGAGAGAGUCCUCUUCAGACCCAGAGAGAGUCCUCUUCAGACCCAGAGAGAGUCCUCUUCAGACCCAGAGAGAGUCCUCUUCAGACCCAGAGAGAGAGUCCUCUUCAGACCCAGAGAGAGUCCUCUUCAGACCCAGAGAGAGUCCUCUUCAGACCCAGAGAGAGUCCUCUUCAGACCCAGAGAGAGUCCUCUUCAGACCCAGAGAGAGAGUCCUCUUCAGACCCAGAGAGAGUCCUCUUCAGACCCAGAGAGAGUCCUCUUCAGACCCAGAGUGAGUCCUCUUCAGACCCAGAGUGA